UCACGCCCGGGCCGCAGCACCCGCGCGGGCGGGAGAUUCAAACGACCCGAGCGCCGCUGGCCGGGGUGCUCGCGGCCGCGGUGACCCCGCCGACUAGGGGUGCUCAGCCCCGCGGGCCUAGCCGGCCGGGCCGGCCACCCUGGCGGGUCUGUUUCCGCACGGGACAAGGGAUUUUGGCCCAGCAUUCGUUUGAAGAGUGCAAAUUUGCAGAGCAGAGAAGGAAUCCUGUCGGCGAGGGGCUGCCUUAGGAUCUGAGGGUAGGCUGGGGAGGGUCUGCUGCGGGGAAAGAAACCUCAGCGUCAGCAGGGACCAAGACGGAUGUUGACCUGUUGGAGAAGUGUGCUGUGAAUUCCGCAUCAACUCGGCUGUGUAGAUUAUUUUACUGGCCGUCUACUUCGUGACGCGCUUGCAGGGCUGGGAAACAAUGGUGAGAAAGGCCCCCUGUGGCCUUUACGAGCUUCGGUCUCCUUGGGGAGACCCACGUGGUGCCACAGUUGCGAUCCCGGGUGAUGACCCAAGUAUGCCUGUGGAACUAGGUGCGCUGCCAAGUGAUUCAUUCAUCAGAUAUUAAUUGAGGUGCUCCAACCAAGUGUGACUUGUGUGCUCCAGCAGAAGUUGAGUGUACAGAGUGUUACCCAGCGUUGCCCGGGAGGGCCAGGAAUGGCUUUGCAGGACAGGAAGAUGCCACCCAAGCGUACAGCUAAAAGAAGGUCACCUCCAGAAGAUGCCCUCCCCAAAAGCAAGAAGGUGAAAGACCCUCGUAACCAAGCAGCAAAGGCCGCUGCCUCCCGCUGCAUUCCUGGCGCCCGCUCCUGCCAAGGUGCCUGCAGGCUGAGCCCUCCUGACCAGAAAACUCAACCAGUCUCGCAUAGGUCCCACAGCACAGAACCAGGCUUGGUGCUGACACUGGGCCAAGGUGACGUGGGCCAGCUGGGGCUGGGUGAGAAUGUGAUGGAGAGGAAGAAGCCUGCCCUGGUGCCCAUUCCCGAGGACAUUGUGCAGGCCGAGGCUGGAGGCAUGCACACUGUAUGUCUAAGCAAAAGUGGCCAGGUCUAUUCCUUUGGCUGCAAUGAUGAGGGUGCCCUAGGAAGGGACACAUCAGUGGACGGUUCAGAGAUGGUCCCUGGGAAAGUGGAACUGCAAGAGAAGGUGAUACAGGUGUCAGCGGGAGACAGUCACACAGCGGCCCUCACCGAGGAUGGCCGUGUCUUCCUCUGGGGCUCCUUCCGGGACAAUAAUGGUGUGAUUGGGCUCUUGGAGCCCAUGAAGAAGAGCAUGGUGCCUGUGCAAGUGCAGCUGAGUAUGCCUGUGGUGAAGGUAGCCUCAGGAAAUGACCAUUUGGUGAUGCUGACAGCUGGUGGAGAUCUGUACACUUUGGGCUGCGGGGAGCAGGGCCAGCUGGGCCGUGUGCCUGAAUUAUUUGCCAAUCGUGGUGGCCGACAGGGCCUAGAACGACUCCUGGUCCCCAGGUGUGUGAUGCUGAAGUCCAGGGGAAGCCGAGGCCAUGUGAGGUUCCAGGAUGCCUUCUGUGGCGCCUACUUCACCUUUGCUGUCUCCUGCGAGGGCCAUGUGUAUGGCUUUGGCCUUUCCAACUACCAUCAGCUUGGAACCCCAGGCACAGAAUCCUGCUUUAUACCCCAGAACCUGACAUCAUUCAAGAACUCCACCAAGUCCUGGGUGGGCUUCUCUGGUGGCCAGCACCAUACAGUCUGCAUGGAUUCAGAAGGGAAGGCCUACAGCCUAGGCCGGGCUGAGUACGGGCGGCUGGGCCUUGGGGAGGGUGCCGAGGAGAAGAGCACGCCUACACCCAUUCCCAGGUUGCCCACCGUCUCCUCGGUGGCUUGUGGCGCCUCUGUGGGCUAUGCUGUGACCAAGGAUGGUCGUGUUUUUGCCUGGGGCAUGGGCACCAACUACCAGCUGGGCACAGGGCAGGAGGAGGAUGCCUGGAGCCCCGUGGAGAUGACAGGCAAACAGCUGGAGAACCGCGUGGUCUUAUCUGUGUCCAGUGGGGGCCAACACACAGUCUUACUAGUGAAGGACAAGGAACAGAGCUGAUGAAGCCUCUGAGGGCCUGGCUCCUGGCCGCCCAGUCUUCCCUCCCAGAGCAGGG